CCCGUCGACCCUGUUCGAGUCCGCCACUUGACCGACUGACUGACUGACAAGCAUGAGUCACUUCGUGCGCCAGAGCAAGUUCCGCCACGUGUACGUGGAGCCGGCCAAGCUCGAGUACUGCUACACGAACGUGCGUCUGGCCACGGCCACGGGCGAGCAGAACUACAUCAAGGGCAACACCAAGUUCUUCGCCGUGUCCAUCCAGGCCGGCGGCGGCGCCAUGGCCGUGGUGCCGUACGACAAGGUGGGCAAGUUCGACCCGGACUUCCCGCUCAUCUCGGGCCACCGCGGCGCCAUCCUGGACUUCGACUUCAACCCGUUCCACGAGCACCUCAUCGCCUCGGCCUCGGACGACACCACCGUCAAGAUCUGGGGCAUCCCCGAGGGCGGCCUCGCCGAGACGUGCGUGGACCCGCUCGUGGACCUCACGGGCCACGGCCGCAAGGUCACGCUCAUCAAGUUCCACCCCACGGCCAACAACGUGCUGGCCAGUACGUCGUCCGACUUCUCGGUGCGUCUCUGGGACAUCGAGAAGGGCGCCGAGAUCGUCAAGAUGGAGGACCACGGCGAGAACCUGAUCCAGGACCUGGCCUGGAGCUGGACCGGCAGCGUGCUCGCCACCACGUGCAAGGACAAGGUCGUGCGUCUGUACGACGCCCGCUCCGGACAGGUGGCCGCGCAGAAGGAGAACGCGCACAUGGGCACCAAGAGCGUCAAGAUGAGCUUCCUGGGCAACAAGGAGACGUUCGUCACGGUGGGCUUCACGCGCCAGAGCCAGCGCCAGUUCAAGGUCUGGGACCCGCGCAACCUCGACAAGGAGCUCAAGAAGGUGGACAUCGACCAGGCCGCCGGCGUCAUCAUGCCGUUCUACGACCCGGACACGAACCUCCUGUACCUGUGUGGUAAGGGCGACGGUAACAUCCGCUACUACGAGAUGUCCGAGGGCGAGCCGUUUGCGUUCCCCAUCAGUGAGUACCGCUCGACGACCUCUGCGAAGGGUAUGGCGAUGAUCCCCAAGCGCGGCUGCGACAUCAUGAAGUGCGAGACCACGCGUCUGCUCAAGCUUACGUCGAACGCCAUCGAGCCGCUGCACGUGUUCGUGCCGCGCAAGUCGGACGCUUUCCAGGACGACAUUUUCCCCGACACGUACGCCGGCAUCCCCUCGAUGACUGCUGACGACUGGUUGGGCGGCGCCGACAACUCUCCCGUGCUGAUGUCUCUGCGUCCCGAAAUGCAGGGUAAGAUUACCAACGACGGCAAGCGCGCGCGCUCUGCAUCCAAGUCCAACAGCGUCGGUUCUGGAAUCGCCGCUCGCGUGGCUCGCUUCGCACGCGGCGGCAGCAAGACGGACAACACGCCCGAGGGCAAGCUUAAGGCCGAAUUGGACACUGCCAACGCACGAAUUGCGCAGCUCGAGAAGCUGCUGCGUGAGAACGGCAUCUCGUACUAAACUGUCAGCGGAGGACUGACUGCUGCGAAUACUGGGUAGGGGCAGUAUUAUCCCCUAUCACGGUUGGAUUGGAAUGUCGUUAAAGGAGCGUGAAGAUCGUUUGGAUGGAUACGGCAGUUUGGGAUGGGGCGACACUAAAGCCGCUCCGUCUUCUGUUUUGGCUCUUGCAGUCGGAACCAAAUACUUAUUAGAUUCGUGAGCAAGCAAGAGGCCUACGCACGCACCGAGUGGAGAG